GCACAUAUAUCUUGUCUAUAUAUGUUACAUAACGGAAUAUAAAUAAGCGCGGACUCGUGAGUUUCGUCGCGAACAUCCUCGCGAUUCUCCUUGAGACGAAGCCUUCGAGCUUCGCGAUAUCUCUCGGCCAUCUCGUAAAGUCCGCGCGGCGGACCGGCGCGUCCGUAGCUUCUCGCGGGCUCCGCGAGGGGUCACGUCGGUCGCGCGCGAACCUCGCGUUCCAGUUUGUUCCAGUUCCACACCGUCCGUCAGUCUUGCGCUGUACCGCGGUGGCGUGUGUUUCGCGUGGAUGUGACACCGCGUGCGUCGUCGUGCUCAGGAAAGCCCAUCGACGUGUCGCGACGUGUCCGAACGUCGUUCGUUCGCUCGCGAGUGUGCGAGCCGCGCGCGAGUGCGAGUGUGCGCGGUCGGCCGCGUUUCAAAAUCGUCGAGGCGCGCGCGAGACCGGAACCGGAGUCGUCGUCUAACCUCAAAACGGGCCGCCGUCGCCCGCGACGUUUGACCCUGCCGAGGCGUUCGCCGGGACCGCCGAUGAUCCACGGAUGAUCCAACAUGGCGUCGACCGAUCUGUCGUUCGGCUCCAUACCGGCGUUCUACAGAGAGGUCCACGAGAAGAUCUGCUCGCCCACCAGCGGCAACGUGGAGCGCGAGGUGUUCAAGUCCCUGCUCGUCAAGUCGCAGCUGAGCAGCUCUGUACUCAGCCAGAUAUGGGAGCUGGUAGACAGCAAGACGGGUUAUCUCACGAGGAGCGGACUAUACAAGGGGCUCGCGCUCGUCGCCUUCGCUCAGCAAGGGAAGCAACCGAGCGACAAGCUGUUGGAGAAUUCCGAAUCUCAAGAAUUACCCGUACCCGUUCUGGGCGAUUUGUCCGAAGUGACGCUUCUCGCGCAGAGGCUGCACAGAGGCAGCAAUCCCGCCAAGCUGAACCUCACGUACUCGGAUAUUUGUAAUCUCGAUACUAUCGAGGUCAACCUCGUUCCCGAGAAGAAGGGAAUCUUCUUGAAGCACGUGGAGUAUCAAGUCACUAGCAAGAGAUUCAAUUCUAUAGUGUACAGGCGUUACAACGACUUCGUGUCGUUGCACGAACUUCUCUUGGCACGGUUUCCUUAUAGACUGAUACCCAAGUUACCGCCGAAGAAAAUUGUAGGAGCGGACUCGCAAUUUCUCGAGGAGAGAAGGCGUUCUCUCCUGCGAUUCCUCACGCUGAUCGCCCGCCACCCGGUGGUGAGCAAGGACCCGAUCGUGCAAUUUUUCUUCACGUACACCGGCGAGGAGACGCAGCACAAGAUCCGCGAGGUGUUCAGGAGAGUGCCGGACGAAUUCGCUACGUCGGAGCUGUCGUCCCGGGCGAAGGAGCUGGUGCCGCCCGAGACGCUGACCGAAUUCGCGAACAGCCGCGAUCAAAUCCGAGUGAUAUUGCUCGGGAUCUCGCGGCUGAAGAACAUCGCCGAUUGCCUGGCGAUCAGGUCGCAUAGUUACGCGGUCGACAUGGCCGAGCUCGGCACUCAACUGAGCAACCUGGCUGCGGAACCGCACGGAGCCAGUUCCUGGGUAACCGGUGGCUCGACUAUCUGGCAAGAUAUGAAGAAAGGCUUUCACAUCAUUUCCAAGGAGUUCAACCUGCUGUCGACCCGAGCGCUGCAGCAAGCGGUCAGGGAGGAGACCAUGGUCUGCGAGAGGCUGAAUCUCCUGCUGGAUAUUUUAGUCGCGCACAGAAUGCUCUGUGAGAGGCACGAGCGUGGCGUAAGCGCGGAUCAUCAGCGUGCCUUAUCUACGAUGUUGUCGCUCAAGAAGCGGCAGAUGCAAGGAGUUAUUCGCGGGACCGACGCCGACACCGUGGAGUACCUCGAGAACAAGAUGGUCGCGCAGGAAUCGGUGAUCGCCAACGUCGAGCUGAGGAACUGCUUUUCGUUACACUGCCUGCACAUGGAGACCCAAUUGGUCCACGCGCACCUGGAAAUACUCGCCACCGUGUUACAGAGUCUCGUGAGCGUGCAAAUACGCGGGCACUCUGAGUUGGCUGAAGUGUGGAAACUGAUCGAACCAACGAUUACCAAGUGUUUACCCGAGAAGUUGGCGAGCGGCUCCAACGGGGUCUCAUAGCACAGGGAAGUUUCGUGUGUUUGUCCCGGCAGAUCGUGCCUUAUCAAAUAAUUAAUAACCGAGACUCGUAUGGAUUCCUGGCAAAUACGAUCACCGAUGCGCAUUGCGGCUGUUUUCCACUGACCAGAGGGGAAAAACUUCGAGCGCAUCCAAUCCUGUCCAGAGCGCCACGUCGAUAUUAACUACAUAGAAAUUUUAUAUUCUCUCUCUCUCUCUCUCUCUCUCUCUCUCUUUCUUGUAUAUUGCUUCGAUAUCCAAGUGUACUAUGCAUGAUAACAACCGUGCGAUAGACCACACUUUUUUUUCUAGGAGGAGGGAAUUACGAGAAGGCGUAUUUAUCUUUUACAAUAACGAGCAGAAUCUCGAGUGUAUAGCGCGCAUAACUUUUAGACAUUCCUUUGUUGUGUACUUAAUAUAUUUUAUGAGCUACCAAAUGAUAUAUCUGUAAUUCUCUCUCAUUGUUAUAUCUCUAUGUACAUAUAAAGAUUUACAGAGGUUGUGUAUAUAGGUGUUGUAUCGAUACAUGAAGUGUCUGAGUAAUUGUAAAUAACAAAAUCUUACUAGACUCUUGCGCGAGGGUUUGUAUCCUUAUACAUAUGUACGUACAAAUAGAAGUCUGAAAGCUUACGGAUAUUCAACAAGGGUUCGGCCGUUUUAACCGAGAAGAGAAAAACAGAUACGAGUUGCAGCUUGUAACGCCGAUGGGGUAGAGCAUUAACGUAAUUUCUGAUUCGACAACACGUCGAGCUGUUGACUCGCUUGGACUUAACUCCUUCACUUGACCACCGAAUUUCGCAUCACGAUCAUUGUUGUUCGCUUUAUCCUCUUGCAUUGGUUUUUUUCCAAUAUCGUCUGAUCCAAUACCGUUUCUUCCUGUUUCUCUCCUAUUCUUUUUUCAUCCAUUCUAAGUGGUUUUUCUCUCAGCGGAAUCAAUGUUUGUCAAAUUUAGUUAUUAUUUCAUAUAAUAACGUUAAAAAUCGCAAAAUUGUUAAGGAGGAUACAUAGAUGCAAUCGAGUUUUCGCGGAGGGGAAAUCUAUUCCAAAAUGACUAAGGAUACUGGAAGUUCAAUAUCACUAAUAGAUCUGGGUCGUUUUAUAUAUUAUACUCAUGUUUAUGACGACGAUGAAAUAUAUUGUUAUAAAAAUA